AUGCGGCUUAGGUUGCGGUUACCGGGGGGUUCGAACUUGGAGGCGCUUGAUGUCGACGAAGCGACCAUGUGGGUCGAAUUUCUGUACAAUGUGGAGGGGCGCUCAAACAUCGCAAAGGAGCGACUGCGGAUACUCGUCGGGCGCCCGCCUCAGGUUGUCACUGCGGCGGAUACGGACUUGGUGGGGUCCCUGUUUAGAAACGGCGACAUACUCUUUGUACAGGAUGGGGAGGCAACUGUGGUGCGGGGUGUCACGAACGGGCGGUACAUUACUCCUGCCGAGGAUAAUUGGCACUUUGUGCGACGUGUUUGCCCAUCCGAUGGCUCAUGCUUGUUCCAUGCUGCAGCGUAUGUGCUGCGGGACAAGAGCCGCACGGACGGACUCAAGUUACGCGAGGACUGUGCCGACACCGUACUGGCGAAUCCCGACUACUUUACCCAGUCAUUGCUGGAGCGGCCGUAUCGUGAGUAUGCCGAGUGGAUCCGGCGUCCCACGUCGUGGGGUGGGGCUAUUGAGUUGGUGAUCUUGAGUUUCACAACUCAGACUGAGAUUAUAGCGCUAAAUUUGGAGUGGGGCCGGAUGGAGCGUUUUGGGGAGGACAAGGGCUACACAGUUUGUGCAUUUCUCGUAUACAAGGGGCAGCACUACGACGCCCUCGCCAUGAACCAAACUUACAACUCGUCCAGGGAGAGCGAGGACCGGGUGCUGUUCAGCGUGAGUGAUAAAAAAGUUAUUGAUAAAGCCUGGAGCUUUCUAAAGGAAGAGGCAGCGAGCAUGACGCGCUGA